CUCCGUCGUUCUUUCUCCGCUCCCAGUCAUUCCCGAAGCUCGCACCGUGGAUUUCGCCACUUUCUUCUUUCGAUCUUCUCGUUUCCCCAGAGGUAUGCCUCCCGAAACUAUAAUUACUUCAUAAUCUAUCAAUCUAUCGGCAAUAGCUUGUUGUAGCAGUUACCAUGUGGAGGAAAAGCCUUAGGUCAUGGACUCCUCUCCUUCCUGCCUCCUCCUCCUCCCUCUUCCCUCAAUCCCAUCUUCCCCCUCCAUCCAACAGUAUUCCCCCCCAUACUUCUCAAUCUCCCAAACCCCCCCUCCUCCUUCUCAAGCAAUACCUUCCCAUCAACAACUCUCUUGUGGCAACCCCGUCCAAUUUCUUCUCCACAAGCCCUCAACCCAACACCCAAAUCACUUAUCCUGCGAAUGAUGAUCUUAGCGAAAAGGAUGACCAUGACGAUAAUCUUGGAGCGGCUGAAUCUGCUCGUAAAUUGGAUGGUGAGAUGCUCCGAGAUGUGGAGACGGUCGUAGCCUGUCUCAGGGAUUUUGGCGGGAACAGCGCAGAGGCCAGGAAGAGGCUGGAGCAGUGCAACGUGCGUUCCUCCCACGAACUGGUGGUGGAGGUCCUCUCCCGCCUCCGCAACGACUGGGGCCCCGCCUUCACUUUCUUCCUGUGGGCCGGCAAGCAGCCGGGCUAUGCCCACUCCGCCCGCGAGUACAACUCCAUGAUCGCUAUCCUCGGAAAGAUGCGGCGGUUCGACACCGCGUGGACCCUCGUCCAUGAGAUGAAGGGAGGGACGCCUUCAAGGCCCGGCCCUUCUCUCGUCACCCCCCAGACCCUCCUAAUCUUGAUCAGGAGGUAUUGCGCCGUCCACGAUGUCGGGAGGGCGAUCAAUACCUUCUAUGCGUUCAAGAAGUUUGGAUUCGCACCCGGAAUUGACGACUUUCAUGGCCUCCUCAGUGCGCUCUGUAGGUACAAGAAUGUGGAAGACGCCGAGCACCUGCUCCUCUGCAACGAGUCCGCAUUCCCCUUCGAGGCGAAGAGCUUCAACAUUGUUCUCAAUGGGUGGUGCAAUAUUAUGGUUUAUCUCCGGGAGGCUAAGAGGUUUUGGAGGGACAUGGGAAACAGAGGCAUCCCCAAGGAUGUUGUGUCGUAUGGGAAUAUGAUCUCUUGCAAAUCGAAAGCCAGCAAUCUUACUGAUGUCCUGAAGUUGUAUAAUGAGAUGAGGGAGGUUGGAAUUGAGCCUGAUAUAAAGGUUUAUAAUGCGGUCGUGUAUGCCCUGGCCAAAGCCAAGUGCAUGGAGGAUGCCAAGGGUCUUGUGAAGAAAAUGGAGGAGAAGGGCGUCGCUCCAAAUGCUGUGACUUUUAAUUCUCUCAUUAGGCCGCUAUGUAAGGCACAUCAGGUUGAUGAUGCAAGGCAAGUGUUCGAUGAGAUGUUGCAGAGGGGUCUCACUCCUUCUAUAAGGACCUAUCAUGCAUUCUUUGAUGUGGCGAGGAGUGUAGAUGAGGUGUUUGAGCUGUUGAAUGGAAUGAAGGAAAAGGGUUGCAGCCCAGAGAUUGAAACAUAUAUUAUGCUGAUCAGGAAAUUGUGCCGGUGGAGGCAGGAUGAGAGCGUCUAUAGGCUGUGGAAUGAGAUGAUUGAGAAUGGAUUGAGUCCGGAUAGAAGUGCAUAUAUUGUCUUGAUACAUGGUCUGUUUCUAAAUGGAAAGCUAGAAGAGGCUUCGAGGUAUUAUGAGGAGAUGAAGAUGAAAGGUUUUCUUCCUGAGCCAAAGACUGAGGAGAUGAUCCAAGCAUGGCUUUCUGGCAAAGAAGUUGCCGAACAGUCUAUAGUGAUGGAUUUGGAAAGAAAAAGGGUAACACGGGACCCCUUGGACAAGAAACCGAGGGGUGCCUCUUGGAGACAGUUUCUAAAACAACCUGGAGCAAUAAGUGUUACAAGAGACCAGGGAUUCUCUUCUUUUGGUAGCUGAGAAUAUUUGUUUUUGUUGCAAAUGAGUAUCCUUCACUCUACAAGGUCACUCUACUGUUAAGAAAAUCAACCAUUGUACAACCCUCUAUCAGGUCCUGAACCUCUAUGUAUCCUGGUAAGUUUAUUCAAUCUUUAGUUAUACAUGUUUCCAAUGAAUGGCGCAUGCAUUGUUAUUCAUCAAAA